CAGAGCCAGUCGGCCUGUUGUGAGCGCCGCUGCUGUUCUCCUUGUUGCUUGCUCCGAUCCGUGCCCCCCUUGGCCCAUUGCGUUGCGCCCCUUGGCCCACUUAUGGCCCUCUUGCCGACUUCGACACACUGCUGAAACCCUUCCUUCUUUGUGCCAACAGGUGAUGCAGGUAGUGAGCAGGUGAGUGGUUGGAGGGGUGGUGGAGGGAGUGGAGGGAUGGCGAACACAGCUCACCUUGUUCGACGUCAGAGCUCGCGAGACCUCAACCCACAGCGAUCGCUUGACCGACUCGAGAUGAAGGAGAUGCGAGGCCGCCUCGUCGAACACAACGGAGCAGUCACCUCUGGCGGUCACUCCACCAGCUACGGAGCCACCAAUGUCGCUUUCGACGACACCAGUCCCAACACUAAGGCAAUACUGAAACCAGCUGAUGACAUGGUGAGUAAGAUGGGUUCGGGAGAAGGAAAGCCUAUUUUCCGUCCAGAGGCAGGCGAGGAUGACAGGGAGUCUUGGGACAGCAAGCUCACCUUUCUGCUGGCCACAGUCGGCUACGCGGUCGGCCUUGGCAACGUCUGGCGAUUCCCCUACCUUGCACAGAAGAAUGGUGGAGGAGCGUUUCUGAUUCCGUAUUUUGUAAUGCUGGCGAUUGAAGGGAUUCCGAUGUUCUAUUUGGAGCUGGCCAUUGGUCAAAGACUGAGAAAAGGAGCUAUUGGCGUAUGGAACCAGGUGUCACCUUACCUGGGAGGCAUUGGAAUCAGCAGUGCUGUGGUCUCCUUCAAUGUAGCACUCUACUACAACACCAUCAUUGCAUGGUGUCUCUUCUAUUUUGUACAGAGCUUUCAGUCAGAGCUACCUUGGGCAGAAUGUCCAAAUGUGUAUUUCGAAAAUGGCACCUACACUCCCGAACCUGAAUGUGUGGCAAGCACUCCUACGCAGUAUUUCUGGUACCGCACAACUCUUAUGGUAUCUGAAGACAUAGAUACCCCGCAGGCCUUCAAUUGGAAAAUAGCAUUCGCACUUGUUAUCGCCUGGAUACUUGUAUAUAUGUGUAUGAUUAAGGGAAUCGCAUCCUCGGGAAAAGUGGUGUAUGUGACAGCAACCUUUCCAUACAUUGUUCUCAUUAUAUUUUUCUUUCGUGGUGUUACUUUGAGAGGAAUGUCUGAUGGAGUGAAACAUCUUUUCACACCUAAGUGGUACACGUUAGCUGAUCCAGUAGUGUGGUUAGAGGCCGGUACACAAAUAUUCUUCUCCCUUGGCCUAGCAUUUGGCGGACUGAUAGCCUUCUCCUCCUACAACCCUGUCAACAACAAUUGCUACAGAGACGCCAUCAUGGUGUCAAUGACUAAUUGCUUCACUUCAAUGUUCGCUGGAAUCGUCGUGUUCUCUGUUAUAGGUUUCAAAGCAACACUGAAUUACGAGAAGUGCUUAGAAGAGCGAAACGCCACAUUGGCACUCUGGUCAAGUAGACUUGCGGAGGUGACCAGUUCUUCUGACUUGACUACCUACUCAGCUGAGAUGGCCACCUCUCCGCCAACGCUGCCCGAGUGCGAUCUCGAGAAGGAGUUGGACAAUUCAGCCGCUGGGACAGGCUUGGCAUUUAUAAUUUUUACUGAAGCCAUAAAUCAAUUUCCUGGAGCACAGUUUUGGUCCGUCCUUUUCUUCCUGAUGCUCUUCACUUUGGGUAUAGACUCACAAUUCGGUACCUUGGAAGGAGUUGUCACCUCAAUAGUUGACAUGAAGUUGUUCCCGAAUUUACGAAAAGAAAUUUUAACAGGUGUGAUGUGCCUAAUCUGCUGUAUCAUAUCAAUGAGUUUUGCACACGGUGCGGGAAAUUAUGUUUUCAUAUUAUUUGACAACUUCAGUGGGAAUUUCCCACUUCUAAUAAUAGCACUUUGCGAGUGUAUUGCUGUGUCCUACGUGUAUGGCCUCAAAAGGUUUGCAGACGACAUUGAGAUGAUGACCGGCACCCGGCCCGGCCUGUACUGGCUGAUCUGCUGGAAGUACUUGUCGCCGCUGGCGAUGAUGCUGAUCCUGAUCGCCAGUGUGGUGGAGAUUGUGGUCGACGGCAGUGGCUACCCCGCCUGGGUGGCUAGCAAGGGCGACACCGAGCGCAAGCAGUGGCCCAUAUGGGCGCUCGCUCUCAUCACCUUACUCAUUCUGGUCGCUGUUCUCUGGAUACCGAUCGUCGCUAUAUGCAGAGCAUUUGGCAUAGUGAUAAUCGACGACAACGAAAAGGCGUGGUUCCCGGCGCAAGACCUGAAGGAGUUCCACGGCAUCGUGGAGCACGAGGUGACCGUGGCAGAGACGCUGCUCUUCUGCAUUCGACCCGACGGCAGUGAGGGGCUCUGCUGUCCCACGCGCGGCACGGGUGACGAUGACGAUGAUGAAGAUGAUGAUCUCACCUAAUCGCUCUCUCUCACGCCCUCGCCGUAUAGCGUAGUUCCAAGUAUCUCACAUUAAACAAUAGUGUUACAAGAAAAUAAUCCGUAUUCCACAACCAGUCAAUUAGCUUUUAUGAGAAACUGGACAAAACUAAUAUUUAUAUUGUCAUGAUUAAGUUCCGUGCAUGGUUGUACCAAGUAAUUUGGAAGACACACUCUACUAUGUCACAGUUCAUUUGAUACUUAGUGUACAUGCUUCAUUGAAUAGGUUGAGUUAGUAUGGAUACUGAACUGGGAUGUCAUAUAAUAAUAUUAUGCACUCCCAUACAUGUUCACGACAGUCUAUACUGAAGAAUUAAUAGCCUAUAUACAAUAAGUAAGUUUUGUUCUAGUUUAAGGAUAAAAAAUGGUUAAACAGGGAUAAAAAGGUGAAUGCAUAAUGUAACUGUGACAAUAAUUAAUUCAAAAGAAUAUUUUAUUCAUAAGUCUAAUUUCUCCACAAAGUGAAUUUAUUAAGUGAAUAGUUCAUUUAGUUUAUUGCAAAAUAUAACUUACUCUUCUACUUGCUAUUCAUUUUUAUGCUAGAAAUCAGUCAAUACUUUUUAGGUAGGAACUGUUUAUAUAAUCAUAAAUCAUAUUGAACAAUGCCCGACAUAUUGAACAAAGUGGUUGUACACAAAAUGAAAAUAGUGAAUCUUAUAGCACUAACUCAAGCUAUAGUACCUAUAGUGAAGGAGAUAAUAAUAAGAUUUCUUGCUCCUGAAUCAUACUGUAAUUGGAAUCUAUUGCUUCUGUUACAUGAAGAAUACAAAAAUAUCAAAGAAUAGUUUUAUGCUAACAAGAAAAGAAGCUUUGGGGUGCAAAUCAUAGUUUCAAAAGGAAUUGACUGAUUGUGGAAUGAAACUAGAAUGAGCUUCAUGAGGAAUAGAUCGAGUGCUAGAUGAAUUUCUUAUAUAAUAUCUAGGAUUAUAAUGAAUUUUCCAGUUCAAUGAUUUUAUUACGUUCUGUGAAGCAUAAUAUCCCUCUUGAUUGCUGCAUAAAGAUCACUUGUAGCCCAGUCAAUUACGCAGUACUUUCAGCUCUCCAUUGAUUGAUGAUUCCAUAUCCAUAUUCCAAAUCCAUCAAUACAACACAGAAAUGUACUUAAGUAUCUUUUUCAGUAAUAUUAGGCUUCCGAUUUGAGUGAGCGAAUAUUCUCUGACAUGGAUCAUUUGAUCAAAGAAAGUCCAUUAAAUGUCACAACUGCUUUUGAUUUUUAUACAAAAGUUACAAGCCUCAAAAUUAGUCUCACUUUGGUUCUAAGAUCUUACUUGGAUACAAAAAUACACCUUCAAUUUCAAUAUGAGCCUUUGUUACUAAAUUUAUCAUGAAUGUUAAUAAUGUUAACGUUUCUGAAACUGAAAGCAACGUUGGUGAGCUCUAUAUUAUACUCUCGACUCAGUACAAGACAAAUGAAAUUUGUUUCAAUAUUAUUAUAACUUCUUCCUUAGUUAUAGUAUGUAGUGAUUGAGAUUUUUGGUAUGACAUUAGCUAUGAUAAUUACAAGAUUCUGAUUGUCAGAGUAAAAAUCAACGCAUUUAUUGAACAAAUACAAUGAUUCAUCCAAUCUUUAUAAUUAUAGGAUUUCAAGAUUUAUCUAUUAUAAGAUAUUCAACUUAUAAGAAUCAAAUCAAAUGUAAGGUUUGAGAGAGCAAUUACUGAUUAAUAACAGGAAGAUUAUCAAUAAUUCAAUUAUAGAAUAGGUACCUUAGAUUUUUACUUUUUUUCGCCGAAGAAAUUCAAUGUAAUUGAUUUAAACUUACACAUUUAAACCUCUUCCUGAAUGGAGUUUGAAGAAUCUUUGACAAUAACGAAUAUUUCGAUAGUAGAAUCAUAUCAAUUAUUACUUAUGCAUCGACAUUAGAGGAUUUUGUAUGCCGAGUUAUAAUCUGAAAACUAAAAAUGGAUAGAAUAUACUGUAUGUGAAUCAUAUAUUCUACAGAUUACAGUAUCAAUUAAUUAAAGUGUUUCAAAUGACGAAUGAAAGUAAUACUCUGUCUUUCAAAGGAAUAUUAUUUACUGUAUUAUAUUUAGAAAUAGCUUAAAUUAUUUUUCAAGUAUCACCCUGUAUUCCCAUAAUGAUAUGUUAGAUUCGAUAGCUGUAGGAUAUUUUCCACAGUUAUUCGAUACUACUAUCGACAAAAGUGUCUUUGUAAAACUAGAUCGAUUAGAUAUAUAUAAUUCAGAAUUGCAGUAGACAAAUAAAACUAGGAAAGAAGUUGUCUAGAUUAAGAAUUACUGCAUGAGGAUCACACAAAUAUGUAUUGAUUUAGUUUUAUCAAUCACGAGUGAAAGAGACCCAUAAUCUCCAAAAAAUGAUUGAGAAUAUGUAGGCUACUAGCUUACAAGAUUCAGGUUCUGUAAGUUAUCUUCUUAUCUUCCUGUAACUCAUCUUCUUCCAGUGCAAUAGGGACUGAAAUCCUUGAGAAUACUACAGCUGGAGAUGAGAAGAUCCAUUAUUAGUGGAAUUCACAUUAAAUUUAUUCAACGAUUUUACUGCUCUGUGAGGGAAUCUUUAGAAUGGAUGUAGAAAACUAUAAUAAUUGAUCCAAGUUGUAAAUGAUGAAUGAUGGGUGUAGUGUGGGAGUGAGUUUUAUAAUUAGUUGUUCAAGAGAUUCUAUGAAUAUAUUAGUAUUAUAAAGAUCUAGAGAGAAUAAUUAUUGUGAAAGUUCUAAAUGUCUGUUGUUAUCUAUUCUAUUGACAAUAUUGUUGAUCACAAAUCUAUUACUGUUGUUGAAUUUUACUGUAUUCUAUGCAAUUUUGCAUAAUGACACUGCACCUUUUUAAUCUAAUUCAAAUUUCUAGUUCGAUGGAAUACAUAUUUUUGUAAUUGACAAAAUUGUUAUGAAUAUACUCAUAUAUGACUUGAUUCCCCACUCUUCCAAUAGACUAUAAAUCAAAUCUUCCCUCAAAUACAUGACAAUAUAAAUGUGUGAUAAUAAUUGGAUUGGAAAACUGAUUAACCAACUUAGAAGUUGAAUAAUUUGUUGCAUUUAUUAAAUCCUAUUGGGGAAACUACAGAGAUUUUGAUAGAGAGACAAUACAUUGAUUUUGGAAAUUGUGGAAUCCAAACAUAAUGAACUUCUCAUUUUUAUAACUAAAUAUCAUUUUGAAUAAUCCAGAGUAGUGUAUGAAUUAUUGAAAAAUGUUAUUCACUAAUAACAAUAAAUAAAUAAUAUGAAUAAUGUUUUGGAAAAAGUUGGAUUCAUACCAUAUAAUAGCCCAAGUUGGUUCAGAUCUGUAUGAGCUAUAGGCCUACUGUACCGGUAUUCUAAGAUGAAAAUGUAAAUAAAUGUGACAAGCUUCCAUAGAAAAUUUUUCACUAUUAAGUCUCCAACAGUCUCUCUCAAUAAAAUAAAUUUAUUAUGAAUUCAUAUUUUUCGUAAAAAGUUUUCUUGAUUAUUGAAAUAUAAUUUGCUGUAGUUUGGUGUGCAUAGAUGCAUCAUGCAAUCAUCGUUGUACUCUGUAACAAGUUAUUCCCAUUCUAUUCUAUUCCCUGUCAAAGUGAAAAAUUUCGAGAUCUUCUCACAAAUAAGAGAAUUGGUUUUGCAAUUUCCAGAAUCAGAAAGUCUUCUUCAAAAAUGAUCUGGAGCUAGACAUUCCCCAUUAAUUAGCCACUGCACUUUUCAAAAUCUAUCUAAGAAACUAAUAAGCCAGUAUAUGAAGACGAUUGUAAAAAUUGUAUUGUUAGUACAGUGAAAAAUCAGAGGAGGAUUAUGAACAAAUCAAAACUUAUUGCUAUUCUGAUUGAAUAGCAGUUCUGAAUCAAAUUUCUCAAUGAAUGGCAUUAAAAGAUACACAAAAUACUGUAUCUUCUUAAUUAAUCUUGGUGAAUGACAAUAAUAAAGUGUUCUAAGUUUAUGAGGAAUAAUUAUAUUUGCAAGUGUUCUUGAAUUCUAGUUGUAUUCUAGUAUUAAAUGGAUCAUCUCUCUGAUUGGCACUGUUAAGUCUUUAUGGCACAUAAUCUAUACAACGAUGUUAAAGUUAUUAUUAAGAUAUCAAUAAUUAUAUUUAAUAAUUAUCACAGUUGAAUCUAUUAUACACUUUUUAAUUAUUUAUUUAUUGGAAUUUGAGGAUGUUGAGGUAUGAAGAAGUAAAAAUACAAUGAAUUGUUAAAAUAAAUACAGUAUUGUUAUAUUUGUCAGCUGCAAUAUGACUAUCAUUGGCUAUCUAUUAUAAUUAUAAUAAUAAUAAUAAUUACUUUUCUAUAACCUAAUUAGAUCCCUUCAUUUUCCACUCUGAUAAAUAGAUGGGCCUACCAACUCAACAGAUAAUCUUAAAACCAUUCCACAUAGAAUAUUUUUAACAUUCUACUACUCGCAAUCCAAGAGCUUCGACAUUAAUUACAUUUUUAAAUUAAAUCUUUUGAAAGUUUAAAGUUUGAAAAUAACAAUUCUAAGCAAAUGAUAGUCAACUUGGACCGAUUGUUGUUGUUUUUUUUUUUUUUUGAUAAAUGAGACAAUAAUGGAUCUAAUAAUGAAGUAUAGCCUGUUGUAAUAAACCAUUAACAUUAUCAAAAAUUGUUAGCAUUAUCAAAUUUGACCUCUCAUGUUUCUAGGUAAUGUGAAUUAAUGUGAAGUACACAAGUGGAUAGGUUCCAAAUAUCACAUUGUUAUACAGGUGAAUCAGUGUCCGACUACUUGGUUGAUUGAUAUUAGUUGUCAUAAAACAUAAAAACGUUUUAUAAGGUAAAUAAUUGAUAAAUUUUAACUUGGUAUAAUAUGACAUGGAGUUUCUUAUGGAAUUCCUUACAGAGAUGAUAUUACUGUACGGUACCCACCUAUGAAUGAUGUACCCAAAGGAAUGAUGAAGGAACAUAUAACUGGUACUGUGGGUAUAAAGUGAUAAAUAAAAAUAUUAAAAUGAGAAAAUGUUAAUGGUUUUAUAAAGUUUAUAUGCUACAGCAUAGCUAUUCGUAGCCAAUUAUGAAAUGCUGAAAUUACAGCCAUCUUUCCAAAUGGUAUUUCUUGAAGAGAAAGUGUAAUUAUUCAUUUUUCAUAUGAAGACGGUAGUUUUCAAAAUACAAUAUAAUAUCCUCCCAUGAUAAAGAGGUUUUUGGGUAACUUCAUCAGUUGCAUAGUGUUGACUGUUGAGGUUACUUAUAAAAAAAUAUCAUGAAUUUCUAAGUCUACUGAUAUGACAAGUCAGAAACGUUCUGUUAUUUUACAGUAUCAAUGUAAUUGGAUAUAAUUGAAUUGAAUUAGAUUGAAUCACUAUAAUUCCGCUCUUUAGAUAACUUUAUAAAAAUAAUAUAAUAUGUAUUUCUUUUAAUCCUCAUGAUUCCGUGUGAACUAGAACAUAACAAUGAAUCAUAUCAGAAAAAGUAUCAGUACGGUAACUAUAUAAUUGAAAUAUCAUAUAAUCAUAUCAAUUCUUCGUCAUGAGAUUAAGGAAAUUAAAAUGAAAUGGAAAUAUAUAGAAAUGUUUCAGAAAUAAUUUAUUAGCUAUUAGCGUACCUUACCGAAUUCAUCGAGAUUUAUGGAGAUCUUCCUCUAUAAGGUGGAAAUAAUGUUAAAAUGGUAACUAAAUAAGAUACAGGCUAAAUAAGAAGAACAACUUUAUACUUAUCACCAUUUAAGGAAAUGUGAAACUUACGGUGAUUUGUCAUUACGGUAAUGAGUCUGAGGUGAAACUCAAACUUCAUAUCAUUUUCCAUAAAAUGUUAAAAUAUAUUAAGUAAUUUCUAUUCCUAAAUUAUCUAAAAAUUGAUAUGGUUUACUGUCACUAAUAUAUUUUCUAUAAAAAGUAGCUAUUUUAUAAUAGGAACUACUCUCCAUGUUUGACAAUUUUGAAAUAGGCUACGAUAUAUACGGUAUAUCUAGAGACAUAUCUCUACAUUCAUCGUAUUCUACAUUCUGCAUCUAUUAUUAUAAUGGAAAUAUCUUAAUAUGAUUUCAGCUUUCUUGAUGAAUCAACUCAGGAUUCCCUAAACAUGUGACAAUAAUAUUAAAAACUGCAUUUCUAUUGGAAAAUUGCUUUCUUUCAAGAGAAUAAUAGAUAUUAUGGAUUGUUAUAUAGGAUGACAGUAAGUUAAAUUUAUUUUCUACAUGAUGUUGAAAUUGAUAAUAUCUAUAAAGACUUUAUACAUGAAAUAAUGUACAUAGGCCUAGACAACUUUUAAUGGGCUAUAGGCUACACUAGCUGUAUAAAUAAGAGUGGAUGUAGCCGUUAUCAGAGUCAAAUUAUUUCGUUUUGUUUGAUUGAAGGUUUAUGAUUGCUUCUUAAGUUGAUUUAUAGUGUUCGUAAUUCAGAUUGAUUUCUCAAUUUACAGAAAAGUUUUUCGAUUUCUCGUCUUGAAAGUAUUCUAUCAGCAUAUACGUAAUCAGUGAAAUUCUGUUUAAUUUUAUGAAACAUAACUUUGAUGCGUGUCUUUAUGUAUUUAAACAGAUGAACAUGCUGCCAUAAUGAGUAAACUUUGAUUGUCGUAAUAAUUAAUAUAAUACAUUAUAGGUGUACACAAAACGUUCAAUUGGAAUACUCUAGUACAAUGCAUUGUACUGCCUCUGCUUGAUGUUAUUAGAUACAUUAUAUUAAUUCAAGAUAAAUAUUUGUCGUUUCAAUUGAAUGUUUUAUUAUUAUUUUAUGUACGGUACUUUCAAUUACAUACUUAUGCACAAGAUUAGAUAUAGGAUUAUUACUGUUUCUCCUUAUCAUUAGAAUCAUCAAUUAUUGCAAAUUAUUAGGUUAAGCAAUACAGUAUAUUGAAAGACUGGAUUCAAAUAUACUUCUUGUAGGAGAAUCAAAUCAGCUACAGUUAUUAUUAAAAUAGUUAUAAUUUUCCUACAUUUCUUGCAUACCUUAUUAAUUUCGUAUUUUUUUUUUUAAUUUAUACCUUGUAGUGUAAUAUUUCUGCACCUGAAUAAUAAUUAAUUAUUUCGCUUUUAUAUUCUAUUGGAGACGGCAAAUACUGAUGAACUAUCUCCUAAUUUAUCAAUCCCAAAGGAGUGAACAGAAAAUGCAGUCUUUCAAUAAUUUUAUGUACUAUAAACUGUGCGUUAAACUGUUGAAAUUGAUGUGAAACUGAAUAAUUUAGGAAACUGUAUUGUUACCAUGUAUAAAUGGAAAAUGUUCUGCAUUUACAUAAAUAAAAAUGUUUUAUGCAAGCUAAAGACAUUCUUUAUUGAAUUUGGAAUAGAUUAUUCAUAUAGGCUGAUUGAAAAUUGACUGAUUAUUGUUUUACUCGUAAUUUGAUUCGAAUAUCGCAGAUUGUAAAACAAUACAGCAAUACGUUUUUUAAGUCAAUCUAUGAUUGACAGAUUGACACAGCAAAUUUAAUAAAUAUGAGUUCAGUUCACAGCGGUACAGUAAUUUAUAUUACCAUAAUACACUUUCACAAUUUAGAAAUCUAUUGGUUUAUUGCCACUUGAAAAUCCGUCUAAAAGGCUAAGUGACACCUCCGGUACUAAACCAAUAAGAAUAUUUUUUUUCUUUUGAAACUUUUUAAGCUUAUUAUUGAAAUGAGCAGUAGCUGUAUCAUCUCUGAAUUGUCGUGGAAUUUUGAGUUUUGUGGUUUUGAGUCCAUCUUUCUUCACGAUUUGUUGACUUCCUCUUAGUCUCCUCUGCGACGCUUGGAAUUCCGAAUCAUAGUGUAGGUACCUAUAUAUGAAUUUUCGCGGUUUUCUCCAAAGUGACGCUGGAUACAUUCAUACUAGUGUCAGAAUUUGUUCUUUGAGAAAAAGGUUAUUGUAUUUAUUGUGGAUAGGUAGAGUACUUCUCUCCCUAACAGGUCUCAUGCCUAGCUCUCCUAUUUUUACUUCACAUUAGCUCACGAGUUUUGUUGUCAGAUUCAUAUCCAGAUUCGCUUGGCUCCUACAUGUAAAACUUUCUUAUUAAAAUUGAUAUCUAUUGCCGAACGAAGCAAUGUUUACAAUACAGUACAAUUGAAUUAAUAAAAGUUGAAAUGCAUAUAGAAGUUGAAAAUACAAGAAAUAAAACAAUAUAGUAAACUACAAAUCAUUUGUCUAUCUGCACUGUCAAAAUAAGGGAGAAACUGUGUGUGUUGGCAGUGAUUCGCAGGAUGAUACUCAAUCAUUAUUCUGUAAUAUGAAACCGUUUGGUUUGAAAUAGUAGAAUUUGUGAAUAAGAAUAAAGAAAUAUUUAUUCCAAUUACUUUGGUAUGAUGCUGUAAGUAUGACCUAUUUGUGAAGACUACGUUAGGUUAUUUAUAGUUGCAUCUACUUUCAUAUGUACGGUACUGUAGCUGAGAAUGGGAAAAGUAAGAACUCACUGUCUAGUUUUCCAAACACAUUUUUUAGGGAUGAAAUUUGAGGUUAUAAUAGCUGGUAUGAGCUUCACCAUACAAUUAUUCAUUUACUCUACAAUCGAACAAGAUUAUAUUCCCUAUCAACAAAUUAGUUAGUUAGGGGAUUAUAGAUGUACAAUAAAACGCUACUAUGAUGGAUGAUAGAUCGUCUAUGAGAGGCUUAUCUCGAAUUCCUUGUAAAGUGUUAUUCAAUGGAAUGAAAAAUUUCCUCAAAGCAGUAAGCCGGUCUCCUCUGCAUUGCCCUUCUUUGCGUGCACUAGGCCUAUAUUAUAUGCCUGUACAGUUUUUAUUCAAUCAACUAUUUCAAAAACCAAUCUGCUCUUCCACAAGUUUGUUGUAAAUAUUUUACUGUCCUGUGGAGGAAACCGGAUUGGUUCAGCUAUUUGUCAAGAGUUGUAGUUUUC